AUGGCAGCACAGCUGCAGCAGGACCAGGUAUCACUGACCAGCAGAACCAAUGAGAGAGUCUCCUUCAGAUGUACAGGAACUAACCAGUGUGACAGCAGCUAUGUGUUCUGCAUUCAACAACACACACAGGUUUUUGUCACAGCACUUUUCACUGUGGGGAGCAGCGGCUACAGCUACAAGAUCUUUGGCUCAGGCACCAGACUGUAUGUAAGAGAUCAUCCAGUUGUGCCGCCCAAAGUGAGCAUCUACCCAGCAACUACAGCCGACCAGAAGGGGAAGAGCUCCCUGUUGUGUCUGGCCACAUCCAUGUUUCCUCCUGAGGUCCAGUUCUCCUGGAGGACAAAGGACAACAAGAGGACAAUUCCUGAGAGAGAGCGAGUGGAGCUCAGAGAGGAAGAGCACGCCGCCGCCAUCGUGCUGAUCGAUCACCAAGAGCUCAUCACGUAUCAAUACAUCUGCUCUGUCAAACACCAAGGGGGCACGGUGGAGGCCAAGAUACCACCAGAGCUUCCAGCAUCUGCAACCUCCCUCCCUCCAGUCAGAGACACAACAGCGCUGCCAGCCGUGGAGCAAAGUGACGUGUCUGCAGCCUCCAUCCCUCCAGUCACAGACACAGCAGAGCCGCCAGCCGGGGAGCAAAGUGACGUGUCCUUCCAGUUCCAGUGCAGGGUGAAGCUGCUCUCUCUGGUUUCCACAGUGAUGAUAGUGAAGAGCAUGGUGUACUGCUGUGGACUCUCUCUCCUGAUCAUCCACAGAAACAAGGGACCUGCUGACUGACUGUCCUACAGCGCCGCCUGAUGAUGUCAUCACUGACUGUCCUGCAGUGCCGCUUGAUGAUGUCAUCACUGAGCGAAGUGUCAUCAGUUAAUUGCAUUUCCUGUUUUGCUCAGUCGUUGGAAACGUUGUCACUUUAUGUUUAACCCUUUGAAAGGCUUUUAUUUUG